AUGCCCUGGUUCGAGACCAAGGAGACUAACCCGGAUAAGGGAAAGUGGGGUCAGCACUGGACUAUGAAAAACAUGAAUCCCGAUAUAAAGGACGCGUCCGGAAAACGCCAAAUAGCCUCCCAUUUCUACCCACUCAUCGAUCUGUACGCUUCCGGCGACUCUCAUGUCGUCGACUGGCAGUUGGGUCUCAUGAAGCUGUCCGGUGUGACCGGGGUGUUGAUCGACUGGCCUGGUACCGCCAACGUAUGGGACUACCCUGGUAACGCCGCCAAUUGCGAGGCAAUCAUUAAGGGAUGUCAACGCGUGGGCCUGGAGUACGCUAUCGUAUACGAGGAUCACAACCUGGGAAUGGCCAGGGAUGCUCAUAUGUUAAAUGUCACUAUCAUUGAGCAGGGUAAAGCCGACAUGGUGUACCUGAGGGACAAACAUAUGGUUAACAGUGUACUCAGUCAUGACACAACCACCCACAUUCCUAACCUUAUGGAAUCAAAUGGGAAGCUGUCCGGUGUGACCGGGGUGUUGAUCGACUGGCCUGGUACCGCCAACGUAUGGGACUACCCUGGUAACGCCGCCAAUUGCGAGGCAAUCAUUAAGGGAUGUCAACGCGUGGGCCUG